UCGAUUUAAACAUUUCAAAUGAAUUAUACACCAUGCAGUUAGAAUUUCCAUGGAUCAAUCAUAUUCCUGCUUUUAUUGGGAGCCUCCAUAAGAUCACAGGCAGAGUUCAAAGCAACAUCUCAAAGCUCAUUUUCCUUGUGGUGCUGUUCCUUCACACCCCACAGCCAUACUACGGGGAGCAGCUAUAGGCCUGGCGGUGAGAACGGCAACAAUGUAACCAUUUACAAAUGGAACACACGUCUAGAACCUUAUGUACAUAUAUCCAAAUCAUGCUCUGAGAUCAUCAAAUUAAAAGCAUAACAGAAAUGAUCAACACAUACUUGGGGAAUGGAUCUCCAUUCAGAUUAAACAUAAUUCACUUCCUGAUGACAUUUAUUUACAUGGCCUUUACUUAAAAUGAGUUUAUAUUAGGCGAGUCAGUUACGAAGACAUGUUUAUUUACAAUGACAGUUUUUGGCAAGUGGUGAGAGGCAAGUACGGUGAUAAAUAACUAAAACAAUUGGAGCCACAUUGUAAGUAGAAAGUUUACAUGACAUUUUUUUUAUACCAAUUUCUCUUUCUGUUAGUGUUUUGGAUAUAGAGUGUAUUGCACUGUUCCUCAGGAUCACUGCAUGAACAUCUCUGAUUGGCUGAUCAGCAUCACUGCAUUAGCCUAGUAUGGAUACAGUGCAGUGCACUAAGCUGUCAAACACUGCCCUCUAAUGGUGGAUAUUGAAAUCUACCUCACAAUUUGAGUCUCUUGGUAAAAUUGGGAUUUUUUUUUUGUCUCAACGCAGUGGUCAUUACAAUCAGUUGCAUAAUUGAAAUUAAAAACUGGAUGGUUCGAGCCCUGAAUGCUGAUUGGCUGACAGUCGUGGUAUAUCAGACCGUAUACCAUGGGUAUGAAAAAACAUGUAUUUUUACUGCUCUAAUUACGUUGGUAACCAGUUUAUAAUAGCAAUAAGGCACCUCGGGGGUUUGUGGUAUAGGGCCAAUAUAACACGUUGCGUCGUGCCUUAGAACAGCCCUUAGUUGUGGUAUAUUGGCCCUAUACCACACCCCCUCGGGCCUUAUUGCUUAAAUAGAGCACAGCUUGUUUUGUAAGUGAAUUAAAACAUUUACAUUCAAACUUAGCUUAUUUUAAGAAUAAAGUGUCCCUAAAAGCAUAGGUAAACCAUGAUCAAUAUGCUUAUCAAUACAACAGAGCAUAAACAACGUGCUGAUCCUAACUGAAGUAAAGGAAUGUGGUGCAGAACACAGUGCAGGUGGGCGAUCAUUCCAGUCUGAACUUUGAACUUUGAACUAUCAUACAUUCCUAAUGCGGUCGGAAAAGCCAAGGAUUCUUCAACAACAAGUAAAGAUCAUGUUUACAUUACUGUGACUGUCAUAUGCUAUACAACGUGGUUCUUAGUGAUGGCAUAUCACUCUCUGUUAUAUACAUGUAACCAUCUAUCAGCACACAGCUUCCCCUCCAAGACAACACUACAAUGAAAUAUAUAUGUACAUGAACAACGGAAAAGAGAGAGACAUACAGUAGGUGAAAACUAUGAAAGAUGCCACAGAGUAGAGUGGAAGGGGGCAGAGGGGUCUUACUCCUAGACCCAGAGGAAGGACAGGAGGAUGAGGACAGAGGGGUCUUACUCCUAGACCCAGAGGAAGGACAGGAGGAUGAGGACAGAGGGGUCUUACUCCUAGACCCAGAGGAAGGACAGGAGGAUGAGGGCAGAGGGGUCUUACUCCUAGACCCAGAGGAAGGACAGGAGGAUGAGAGCAGAGGGGUCUUACUCCUAGACCCAGAGGAAGGACAGGAGGAUGAGGGCAGAGGGGUCUUACUCCUAGACCCAGAGGAAGGACAGGAGGAUGAGGGCAGAGGGGUCUUACUCCUAGACCCAGAGGAAGGACAGGAGGAUGAGGGCAGAGGGGUCUUACUCCUAGACCCAGAGGAAGGACAGGAGGAUGAGGGCAGAGGGGUCUUACUCCUAGACCCAGAGGAAGGACAGGAGGAUGAGAGCAGAGGGGUCUUACUCCUAGACCCAGAGGGAGGACAGGAGGAUGAGGGCAGAGGGGUCUUACUCCUAGACCCAGAGGAAGGACAGGAGGAUGAGGGCAGAGGGGUCUUACUCCUAGACCCAGAGGAAGGACAGGAGGAUGAGGGCAGAGGGGUCUUACUCCUAGACCCAGAGGAAGGACAGGAGGAUGAGAGCAGAGGGGUCUUACUCCUAGACCCAGAGGAAGGACAGGAGGAUGAGGGCAGAGGGGUCUUACUCCUAGACCCAGAGGAAGGACAGGAGGAUGAGGGCAGAGGGGUCUUACUCCUAGACCCAGAGGAAGGACAGGAGGAUGAGGGCAGAGGGGUCUUACUCCUAGACCCAGAGGAAGGACAGGAGGAUGAGGACAGAGGGGUCUUACUCCUAGACCCAGAGGAAGGACAAGAGGAUGAGGGCAGAGGGGUCUUACUCCUAGACCCAGAGGAAGGACAGGAGGAUGAGGACAGAGGGGUCUUACUCCUAGACCCAGAGGAAGGACAGGAGGAUGAGGGCAGAGGGGUCUUACUCCUAGACCCAGAGGAAGGACAGGAGGAUGAGGGCAGAGGGGUCUUACUCCUAGACCCAGAGGAAGGACAGGAGGAUGAGGGCAGAGGGGUCUUACUCCUAGACCCAGAGGAAGCACAGGAGGAUGAGGGCAGAGGGGUCUUACUCCUAGACCCAGAGGAAGGACAGGAGGAUGAGGGCAGAGGGGUCUUACUCCUAGACCCAGAGGAAGGACAGGAGGAUGAGGGCAGAGGGGUCUUACUCCUAGACCCAGAGGAAGCACAGGAGGAUGAGGGCAGAGGGGUCUUACUCCUAGACCCAGAGGAAGGACAGGAGGAUGAGGACAGAGGGGUCUUACUCCUAGACCCAGAAGAAGGACAGGAGGAUGAGGACAGAGGGGUCUUACUCCUAGACCCAGGGGAAGGACAGGAGGAUGAGGGCAGAGGGGUCUUACUCCUAGACCCAGAGGAAGGACAGGAGGAUGAGGGCAGAGGGGUCUUACUCCUAGACCCAGAGGAAGGACAGGAGGAUGAGGGCAGAGGGGUCUUACUCCUAGACCCAGAGGAAGGACAGGACAGGAGGAUGAGGACAGAGGGGUCUUACUCCUAGACCCAGAGGAAGGACAGGAGGAUGAG